CCACGAGUUAGGCACUUGUGAGCUGCUCAAAGCAGUGCCGACUCAUCGCCGAAAAGAUCUAUAACAAAACGUCUCUCUAGCUUUGUUACAACAGACUUUCCACGGUUUCUUUUGUCGACUGACAACGUGCUGUCAAUUUUGUUAUCUUUCAACAUGAUUAUAACUUUGAAAAACUUACAACAACAAACGUUUACUGUAGAAAUUGAUCCGUCGAAAACGGUAAGAGAUCUGAAACAAAAGAUCGAAACCCAGAAAGGUUUUCCCGCUGAUCACCAGAAAUUGAUAUACGCUGGAAAGAUAUUAAAAGAUGAUCAACCUCUGACGGAAUAUAAUAUAGACGAAAAGAAGUUCAUAGUUGUUAUGGUAACAAAGCUUAAAAGCGGUAGUAGUUCUGCAGCAACCGAAGAUCACGCAGACGGGGAAAAUAAAGAAGAAAGUAGUACGACCAGCUCAGUGCCACCACCUAGUACAAAUCCUACCGUUCAGGCUCCACAGAAUCCUGUUAGUAAUGUACAAGAACAAUCCGAAGCAAGUACUACUCCCGAAUCAGUUGGCGGUCAAGCUGAAAGUGCCUUGCUAAUGGGUGAAGAUUAUAAUACUAUGGUAAACAACAUUAUGGAUAUGGGGUAUGAGCGUGAUCAAGUUGAACAAGCACUGAGAGCAAGUUUCAACAAUCCUGAUAGAGCUGUUGAAUACCUUUUAACGGGUAUACCGGCUCAGCUUUUCGAAGAUCCGCCAGAAGAUCCACCCGAGGCGCAAGAACAACUUCAAGAUCAAGGGCAACAUCCGCUAGCAUUUUUGAGGAUGCAACCUCAAUUUCAACAAAUGCGUCAAGUCAUUCAACAAAAUCCACAAUUAUUGAAUGCUGUACUCCAACAAAUUGGUCAAACCAAUCCUGCAUUGUUGCAACUAAUUUCGCAAAAUCAAGAGGCAUUUGUGCGCAUGCUCAAUGAACCUGUGGAAACAACUGGAGGCACAGGUACGAGAGCCACACCUGUAACUGCGCCGACUGUUCCAGCCGCAGCUGCGCCUGUUGGUUUAACUGGAGGACCUGGUACAGGAUUGGGUACAGGAGCUGGAGCGGGAGCCGGAGCUGGAGCGGGAGCCGGAGCUGGGGCUGGAUCAAAUUUAGGGUUUGGUAUAGUUCAGAUAUCACCACAAGAUAAAGAAGCUAUUGACAGGCUGAAGGCAUUAGGGUUUCCAGAGCAUUUAGUUAUACAAGCAUAUUUUGCAUGUGAAAAAAAUGAAAAUCUUGCUGCUAAUUUUUUGCUAUCACAAAAUCUCGAUGACUGAAGCGACACGCUUCAUUGAUUUCAUAAUACGGAGUUAAAGGACUGAUAUAGGGUGGGUAAUUACACAGGCGCUGCAUUACUUUCAACUGGUUACCUUUACUUUGUACAUAAGUAUGCACACAUAUUUAUACUAUUUUAUUAAUUUUCUAGUUAAACAUUGGCGUACUUUGCAAAUCGUAUAAAUUUACUGGAACUUUACAUCCGAUAGUUCGACAUAUUAAAUUGUUUACAGUUUGAGCUCGUUUCAUUUCAAAAUAUGUACUUUAUCUGUUUCAUGUAUUUUGAGAUUGAAAUUCAAUAACUUGCAUUAGUGUUAUAAUCCAUCCUUGCAGUCUAAAAAUUGCUCUUUAACAAAAAUUUUUGUUCUUUGAAUAUAUGGAGCAGUGUAAUUACAUUUUUAUGUAAGAAAGCCUGCUUGUUUAAUGAUUUAAUAUACAAAAAUAUAAAUACUUUGUUGUAUUUAUAUAUUGAAAUUAUUAUACAAUUACAUGUGCGUGUAAGUUUGUACACGUGUAUGAAGAUAUGUGUUUUCAAAUAACAUGUAUGUACAUGACAAGUAUACUUUGUACAUUUGAUAGGCUUUCUAAUAUAAAAAUUAUGUAAGUGCAUCCGUAUAUGUAUGAUUGCAUAUGUAUAUAUGUGUGUACUUGCAUAUAACUUGCGCCUAUGUAUGUAUGUAUAAAAAAAGUCUUGUAUUUUUUAAACAAAAGUGAAGAUAGUUAUUCAUUAAUAAAACAUUACAAAUCAUUUCAUUUGUCACAAACUAACAAAAUGUAAGAAAUACUUAAUUGAAGGAAAAAUGAAAAUUUAAGUAAUAUUCACAUAUGUAUCGUUUUAAAUUUGUUUUAACCUCAAUAUCAAACCAUUUUUUUCAUCUGAAAAAAAGCUCGAAUAAUUUAUGACUAGUUGUUAAGAGAUAAUCAUACUAUAAAAUAUCUUAAACCGAUAAAUUCCAGGUAACUUAUCUGAAAUAUGAAUCUAUAAAGAAAAUUUGUAAUUAACUUUCUAUAAAAGUGGAGGCAAUGAGAUUAUUAAUAUUAUGAAAAUACAUUCAAUAUAUUAUAGCUUUAACAUAUUAAUAUGUAACUUACUAGAAAUCGUUUGAAUUUUUAAAAUAAUAGUAACUAUAUUAAAAUUUUAUUAGAAAUAUGAUACAUAAUGUAAAACAAAUAAUAUUAAAAGAUUGAAUAUUUAAUAAAUAAAAAUAGUAUGAGUCUAGGCACAAACGAAUAUAUUAGUUUCCCUGUUUUUGGUACAUUUACUGUACAAUCUCAAUUUUAUUGGCGUUUUUAUUUUGUGAUACAUACAUAUGUAAUUUACAAUCAUAUUCGCACAUCCAUAUAGUUGAAGUACACAUUUUUAAUAAUUCUUUGUAAAGUCGAGUCUGGUGUUAUUAAUGUAAUAAUAUCUGGAAACUGUCUCAGGGUUUCCACUGUUACAAAGAGUUAACGUACAUGAAGUUUAUGUUACACAAAUAUUUCUUGAGUUAGCUUCCUUUGUGUAUCAGAUACCAAAAAAAUGAUAAAAUGCUACAGAUAAAAAUAUUAUAGUGCAAAAUUAUAUUCUUCGUUACUCUCGUCAAAUUUUAUUUGUAGUAGAAUAAAUAAAUGCUUUAAAAUUUACA